GUUACACACAUAUCUGGUCUGAAGUGAUCUUUAUAAAACAAAGAUAAGAUAGAAAAAAGAAAAUAGGACUUCACAUUUGACUUCGCAUAUAUCAAAAAGUCUAUCUACAAAUGAGGUGUCGUGUGGGUUGAGCAAUUAAUUUUCAGUUAAAAAAGACGAAUUUAACCAAGCUGGGUCGAGGUAUGUGUAUUUUAAUUUGGAUAAAAAUAUAUAUAUUUCAAAAUAAACAAAUAACAUAAGAGAAAUUUUCGAAAACUUUGUACUAGAAAAGGAAACUAAAUUUCUCGCAAAUAGAGAGGCUUUAUCUGAGUUUUAUUGCUAUAUCACUUUUGCAAGAAAUGUAUACUUUUUAUUAUUAUUUGUUAUUUCCUUUGGCAUAUUUGUCACUGGGCGCUGAGAAAACAAAAGGAAAAAUUGGCAUAAAAGAAUUUCGUCUCCCGUUUUUCACAAACUUAUAGAACCCAUUUGAAAAAAUGGAGGAAAUCAAUGGAUUUGUAGAAAGUGAAUCGAGAAUGAUGGACAGCAACAACAGCGAUCAGGAUGUGGGCAUUGAUGAACAAUACCCUUCGUAUCCUCCUGAUUCCCAGAACGAAGAUUCAGCUUCCAUUGGUAUUUUAGAAGAGGAUCCCGACUAUGACCACCUAGAUGACUUCAUUGAUAUGGAUGAAAUGAUGGGACAUGGCGGGAGUGAGAUUCGCGAGCAGCUCCACAAGGUCAUCGUGGAAAAAGAUAUUAAAAUGAGAGACUCUAUGCAGCAGCUCCUUGAGGAUCAAAGAAAAUUUCUAGAGUAUUCUUACCAGGAACUCGCCCCUGCAUUCAAGGCGAACGGUCAGAAUUGGACAAGAAUAAACGAGGAGAUGAUGAAUUUGAAGGGCGAAAAUGAGGCAUUGAAAAGAGAAGUGAUUGAGGCAGAGGCAAAAAUCAGCAAGCAGGAGAACAAGGAGAAAGAACAAGUUGACAGACUGGAAUCCAACAUCAAAGAACUUUGUGCCAAAAAUGAAAUUUUGGAGGUCGAACUGUCUGCGGCUCGGUCUGACUUGAGCCAGCUGGAGAUAUUGAAAAAAGAUAUGUCUGAGGCAGAGUCUAAGUUCAACCAGCAGAUGGUCAAGGAGAAUGAAAAAAUUCAAGAAUUGGAGUCGGACAAAUUGAAACUGAUGAGCCAAGUUGAGGGACUUGAGUUCAACCUCAGCCAACAGAAAAUACUAGAGAAAGAACUUGUCAGUCAACUGGUUGAAAAAAAUAAGCAGAAGAAAAUGGAGCUUGAUGAUAAAACAAGAAGCAUGCAGCACAAAGACGAGGAAAUGAAAAUUCUGCAUGAUUCCAUCAAUGAAAUGCAGAAAAAUCUGGAGGAAAAGGACACUUCAUUGACUCUUGAAAAGAGUAAAUUGACCGACGCAGAGAACGAAAACGCAAAGCUGACAGGGCUGUUGGCAUCUAGAGAAAAGACUGAGCAGAAAGGGAGCUCUGUGCUGAAACAAAUGGAAGCAACCAUACAAGAACUAAAAUUGAAAUUAAAUGAUGCGGAGAAAAAGAUAGAACAAGAAGAGAUGCGCGUCGGAACCCUUGAGAAACAGAUAUGGUGUGGCUUAAAGGUCGAGGCCUACAGGGCUGAACUAGACAAGAACACAGGAGUGAGCAAUAAGGAGGCGCUUGAAGAAAAAUUGAGAGCCGUCAUGACAGAACAUCAGUGCCUGAUUGAAGAAGCUGACACUUUGCUGAAGCAAGGCGUACCGGAUUCGAUAAAUCAGGAAAACAACCAUGAUGUGCUGCACCUCCUUCAAGUAAUUGCUGAGGAACAAUUUUUUAGCGCUCGUGUCAGUCAAGAAGAAAAUGGGGACCCAGAGGUUUACGAAGAUGCCCAGGAAGUUCCAUUGAGCAGAGACAAUAACCAUCCAGUGCCAGUGCCAAGGAGAAUAAAUCCAAACAUGGAAAUCGCUCAGGUCAAUGAAGAGGAAAACGAUAUGGAAAUGGGUAUCCAACAACAGCUACUUGAAGAUAUUGUCAGACAACAACUGCCACAGAAUAUUUUGCAGGAUGAGUUGAUUGUUGAAUGCCCAAUGUGUUUUGUUUCUUUCCUCCAAUGUGAUUUGCAAGACCACGUUGAUAACUGCUACAAUUUUGUUGGUGACGACUACGAUUCUAUUGCGUGAUGUUGAUUUUUUUCAUGUUAAUUUGCAAUAAUAUUAUAAUGGUUUUCAUUUUCAUUAAUUAAUUAAAACGAAUACUUUUUCUUGGCGAUGGGGCAAUAAAACAUUUGUUUACAAAUACAA